CUGUUGAAGUGUAAAUGGAGACAUGACACAGUUGUUUGGCGAUUAUAAGAAACAAUAUAGUUAGAAAUCCCCUGAAUUCAAAACUGCUGAAGUGAUAUUUAAAUAGAAGUCACUUUAACUCAGGCUCGGUUCAGUCGCUGGCCGCGAUGGAGGCGGUCCCCCGUAUGCCAAUGAUCUGGCUGGAUCUGAAAGAGGCAGGGGAGUUCGAGUUCAGCCCGUCGGUGAGGCAGUUCAUCCUGAAGAACUAUGGGGAGAAUCCAGACAGCUAUAAUGAACAGCUGAAGAAGCUGGAGACACUGAGACAGGGUGCGGUGAAUGUGACGCGGGACUUUGAGGGCUGCAGCAUUUUGAGGAAGUACUUUGGGCAGCUGCACUACCUCCAGAGCCGUGUGCCUCUGGGGCCUGGGCAGGAAGCAGCAGUACCCAUCUCAUGGACAGAAAUAUUUUCUGGAAAAACAGUCACUCAUGAUGACAUCAGCUAUGAGCAAGCCUGCAUCCUCUACAACCUGGGUGCUCUCCACUCCAUGUUGGGAGCCAUGGAUAACAGGGUGUCCGAAGAGGGGAUGAAGGUGUCAUGUACACACUUCCAGUGCUCRGCGGGGGCCUUCUCCUACCUGAGGGACCACUUCAGCCACAACUUCAGCGUGGACAUGAGUCACCAGAUCCUUAACCUCAACAUCAACCUCAUGCUGGGUCAGGCUCAGGAGUGUCUCCUGGAGAAGUCCAUGCUGGACAACAGGAAGAGUUUCCUUGUAGCCCGCAUCAGUGCUCAGGUGGUGGACUACUAUAAGGAGGCGUGCAGGGCUCUGGAGAACUCUGACACGGCUUCCAUGCUGGGUAAGAUCCAGAAGGACUGGAAGAAACUGGUACAGAUGAAGAUCUCCUACUUUGCUUCCAUCGCCCAUCUGCAUAUGGGGAAGCAGGCUGAGGAGCAACAGAAAUAUGGAGAGCGGCUGGCUUACCUGCAGAGCUCAUUAGACAAACUCAGUGAAGCCAUCAAGUUGGCUAAGGGUCAGCCAGACAGUGUGCAGGAGGCCUUGAAGUUCACCAUGGACGUGAUAGGGGGAAAGUUCAACUCUGCCAAGAAAGACAAUGACUUCAUCUACCAUGAGACUGUSCCCUCGUUGGAGACUCUUGCUUCUGUCAAAGGUGCCCCCCUGGUGAAGGCCUUGCCCGUGAACCCAACUGAUCCCAGUGUCACAGGCCCAGACCUGUUUGCCAAGCUGGUGCCCAUGGCUGCCCACGAGGCCUCCUCUCUCUACAGUGAAGAGAAGGCCAAGUUGCUACGGGACAUCAUGGCCAAGAUAGACAGCAGGAAUGAGACUCUAGAGCAGUUUAUGGACUCUCUGGGUCUGGAGCCAGACUCYGUAGAUAACCUGGACAUGUACAGUCACAUCCCCCCUGUACUGAUGGAGAAGUGUGCUGCGCUCAGUGUCAGACCAGACACCGUCAAGAGCCUCAUUCAGUCCAUGCAGGUCCUGUCUGGUGUGUUCACGGACGUGGAGGCGUCUCUGAGGGAGAUCCGGGACGUGCUGGAGGAGGACGCGGCCGGGGUGCGGGCGCUGCGAGAGGCGGCAGGAGGAGGCCCCGCGGCAGAGCUGCACCCCCAGGCACAUGCCCAGACCCUGGCUGAGAUCCGCAGGGACCUGGAGAAGUACAUGGAGGCCCAUGAAAAGGCCAGCUUCACCAACACAGAGCUGCACAGAGCCAUGAACCUGCACAUCAGUAACCUGAGGCUGCUGGGGGGACCACUGGAUGCCCUGAGAGAAGCCCUGCCGAGGCCCCAACUCAACCAGGAGGUUGUUUGAGGAGCAGUUGAAGAAGUAUGAGCAGGUGAAGGUGUACAUCGACCAGAACCUGUCUGCCCAGGAGAACAUCCUCAAGGCGCUGACGGAAGCCAACGUGCAAUACGCCUCGGUCCGCAAGGGUCUCGCCGAGACGGAACACAAGUGGAACGGCACGGUGCAGACCCUGGUGGCGUCCUACGAGGCUUACGAGGACCUGAUGAAGAAGUCCCAGGAGGGGAAGGAGUUCUACGAGGACCUGGAGACCAAGUCCUCCCGCCUGCUGGAGKGAGCUAAGACUCUGUGUCAGGCCAGGGAGGAGGAGAGGAAGGCCGUGCUGGACAGGGAGACCCAGAAGAAUCCCCCUUCUCGGCCCACUGCAGCCAAACCGUCCCUGGGGUCCAAGGGGGGCUCAGACGUGGACUCUGCCUGUUCUAGUCUGGAGGAUGCUGAGCUAGCCCAGAUCAACGCUGCUAUACUGAGCCUGGGAGGAGACCUGCCUGACGAGCUCCGUAGUSUACCCCCCGACCACCCCUCCCUACACUCUGCCCUUCGCCCGGGACCUGAGGCUUUUCUUCCUGGUGCCAACCUGGGUGGCAAUGCUUCGUUACCCUGGCCAGGGGCGCCUGGGGCACCGCUCUAUACCCCUCAGUUCCCACCAAACCAUCGCCCACCCCAGUUCCCCGGCCCACUCCCCGCCCAGGGUUUCCCUCGCGGACCCUUCCCUCAGCUACCCCCCCAGCAGACCCCUGUUUCUGGCUAUGGCCCUCCCCAGCCGCAAGCCCCCCAAACUGGGGGAGUCGGGCCUGCCCGUGCCCCUUUCCGUCCCUCCACUACUACAGUAGAUAGUAUCCAGACCCCCAUCCCCAGUUAUAACUCACACCCACCUACUGUCUCUGCAGGCUACGCUGUUCCCCCACAGAUGGGUGUGUACCCACAGUACAUGCCCCAGCCUGGGGUGCCCAUGCAAGCGCCCAGCCAGGUGCCACACCAACAUCCACAGCAUCAGUACCAACACCCUCCUGGGCAGCUGCCCCCUGGCUACCAGUCUGCCCCCAGGGCUCUGCCCGGGCCCCGACCCCAGGCCCAGCAAGGUUACCCACAGUACAUGCCCCCCCAGCACCAGCCCCGGCCACCCAUGCCCCCCCAGUAUCAGCAGCCAUAUCCUGGUCAGCCCCAGCCACAACCCCAGCAUGGCUACCAGCCCCAGUUACCACAGGGCUAUCAGCCUCAACACCCUCAACAGGGCUACCUGCCCCAACAGCCGCCACACAUGAUCCCAAGGGGCCCUCACCCACAGAUGCCCACCACUUCCCAGCCCAUACCCCCUGUCUCCCAACCAUACAUGCAACCUGCCAACCAACAGAUGCCCCCGCACCCUCAUCAGCAGAUGCUACCUUCCCAACAACAACAAAUGCAUCCCAACGCCCAGAAAAUGCACCCGCAUCCACAAAUGCACCCUGGCCCUCAUCAGCAGAUGCCCCCUAACAGCCAGCCGAUGCCCCCAGUUUCCCAGGCUUACCUGCCCCCCACCAGCCAGCCCAUGCCCCCUGGCCUGCACCAGCAGAUGCCCCCUGCUUCCCAGCCCCAUCAUGUCCACCUCCCUCAGGCUUACCUGCCCAGGGGCCCCCUCCCACCUCAGGGGCCCCAGAUGCCCCACCCUGGUCAACCCCCCCAACAUGUCUACCAGCCCCAGUUACCACAGGGCUACCAGCCACCUAUAAUGCCUCAUUCAGCCCCCCAACAGUCCCAGGCUCCCCAGCCUGUAGCCCCCAUGACCCCCACCAUGUACGCUACUCCUUCAGGUGUGAACGGCUCUCCCGGAGCCCCACCACAGCCCACCUCUAUGGGCCAACCUCGGCCUCCUCCCCAACACAUGAUUCCACCAACUGCUGGAGCUCCUCCAGUGGCCCUCCCACCUAACGUCAUCCUUCCCUCGCCCUCACCUUCCCCUUCUCCCUCCCCAGGCCCCUCUUCCCUAGGCCUGGCCCCCCAGAGGCCCUCCUCAGCCCCCACCCCUGGCGGUCCACCCUCUCUCCCUUCCUCCUCAUCCCCCUCCACCUCCCUCUUCCCGCGCCAGAACUCCAUCACAGACGACCUGCUCUCCUCUAGCCCAGAGAGCCAGCCCGGUGGCCCCAAGGCCCCCGCCAAUGUCCUCCAACCCACCAAGGCUGACCCUCAGGACGGGGAGCGCCGCAAGAAGAGCUCCCAGGGCGURCGGCUGAUCCAGGGRGACCCGUACCAAGCCCCCGAACGCGUAGCCCGCCUCUGCYGCGAACUCGAACGCUUCCGGMCGGCCGUGGAGUCUCUMGAGCGCCCGUCGGUMGACGAAGGUGGWCUMUCGCCGCUGGAUGCCCGCUGGAAGGAGCUCCAGGAGGGGCAGGAGAGGGARGCCAGGCAGCUGUCCAUCGCCAUCGCCCGCUGCUACACCAUGAAGAACCGUCACCAGGACGUGAUGCCCUACGACUGUAACCGCGUGCUGCUGCGCUCGGGCAAGGACGACUACAUCAACGGCAGCUUUGUGGAGGAGCUGUCGCCCUACUGCCCGCGCCUCAUCGCCACGCAGGCGCCGCUGUCGGGCACGGCCGCCGACUUCUGGCUCAUGGUGUGGGAGCAGAAGGUUUCGCUGGUGGUCAUGCUGGUCUCAGAGCAGGAGUUAGAUAAGGGAAAGGUUUUGCGCUAUUUCCCGACAGAACGCGGCCAGCAGCUUGCUCAGGGACCAAUCACAGUCACCCUGACUACGCAGAAGACCACGCCCACCCACGUGGAGCGAAUGAUUGGCCUGCAAUARCGUGACCAGAGCCUCAAACGCACCGUCAUACACCUACAGUUCACCUCCUGGCCUGAGCUGGGUCUUCCUAUGAGCAAGAGCAAUCUAAUCUGCUUCAUCCAGGAGGUUCAUGGAUACUACCUGCACCAGAGGCCCUUACACACACCUAUUGUUGUGCACUGCAGCUCUGGCGUGGGGCGUACUGGCGCCCUCUGUCUGCUUUAUGCAGCGGUACAGGAGCUGGAGGCAGGGAACAGCAUCCCUGACCUACCUCUACUGGUCAAGAAGAUGAGGCAGCAGAGGAAGAACAUGCUGCAGGAGAAGCUGCACCUGAAGUUCUGUUACGAGGCGGUGCUGAAACACGCUGAGCAGGUCCUCCAGAGACACGGCUACCUCCCUACCGCCCCCUGCAGCAAGACACCCAGCACUGCUGCCACCAAGCCUUACUCUCGCCAGGAGUCCCAACAGGACAUCGUUCUGGGAGGUGACAUGACCAUCAGCUCCAUUCAGGCCACCAUCGCCAAACUCAGUAUCCGGCCCCCCAGUGCCACUGACCCAGCCAUGGACCCUGUCCUUGACAUUGGUGCCCCCUCUGGCCUAGAGGACCAACCCUUCACACCCCCCACCGGCCUGCCCUUGGAUAGAGAGCUAGAGCCAGCCGCCACCCCCGCCCGGGACCCCUGUCCCAGCGGUACCCAACCCUCCUCCGUCAGUCCCCCACUCUCCUCCCCAGAGAAGGUUCAGUCCCCACCACCCAAUGGUGUGGAUACCACCGCCCCUUCCUCUCCCCCCACAGCCAAUAACCAGGUUACCCCUGAUCCAGCCCUGAACUCUCUGGAGCUGCUGGCCUCUCUGACUCCUGAGGCCUUCUCCAUGGAGGGUGGUGGGUGCAAGGGGAAGCACCGUGUCACUAAGCAGAGCUUCCUGCAGCCUGCCGAGGGCCAGGGCCUCCACGAGGAGGGGGGAGACGACCCCCUGAGCAACCUCGACCCCCUCUGGAGCCUCAACAAGAACUGAAACACAGGAGCCACGAUACCCCUUUCUUUCUCACUUCAUAGCCGUGUGUCAAACUGACCUGUAGCCUUUAGUACUAGUUCUUCUUGAUUCUCUGAUUCUUAGUUAAUGAACCAAAAUGACUAGAAUGGUGGAAACUCCAAGAAUCACAACUAGAAGUGGUUAGUGGUUAGUGGUAGGGUCUAGGGGUUGGUUUGAACCUGGGCCUUUGUCGCUUUAGGGGCCCUUCAGGGGUCAUACAUUCCGCCUCCCAUCACUGGUGGCCUGGCUGUGCUUCUGGGACCAAAUCAUGGUGCACUCGUCUUUUCUUUCCUCUUUGUCUGUGUUUCUACCUGUACCAGAUGGGUCUGUUCUUCACUCGCUGCUUCAGAGCUGGCCACUCAGCACCACUACAAUCCCAGCAUGCACUCCUAGCAGCAGUGUGUAUGGUUCCCUCUUACAGCUGGUCGCUCUGGGCCAGGGGUUGGCGUGGACUCAGAUGAUAGUGACUGAUAUGAUCGCCGAAGGGUGGGGGAGGAGCUUGCAGACGAAGGCUCUCGUUAACCGCAUACAUAGAGCAGAAUCAGCACGUCUUAACACUUUUUUUUUAAAUUGUCUUUCAUUAACACUGUAAAUAUAUCUUGAAUAAAUGUAGGUUGGCAUGG